GCUAUUUAUGCUUGUCAAAAUAACGAGAAGGAAGAGAGAUCUAUUUCAUUCGUAGUGAUAAAAUUACCAACUUCUCAAUAUUGUGACCCCAAUAUCUAUUAUUUCAGCCGAAAGUCCAAUUCAAAACUAAAUGAGAAAACAGUUUUCAUGUUUUAUCCCAGACUGAAUGGUCGAAAUGAGAGACCUACCAUACUUUACUUGUUUGGUUCUGUACAUAUUUUCUUUCCAAAUUAUUGCUACGAAUUCUCGUACAUCUAACAUUUGGAAACUUAAUCCUGAAGAAGGUACAAUAGUUGAUGGCAAUACGUUGACCCAGGAUGACGCUGAUAAGCAAAAAAUGACUGAAGAAGACCCCAUAUUCAACAUAAUAACCUCCACUGUGUACUACGGGAACACUUGGACCAAGCAUGGCUUCGACAUGUUUUGUACUGACUGCCAAGCUUAUGAACAGCAAAGAUCCGGUGUUGAAAACGGAGAUGAGUCAACACUGACUGAGACUAAUGGUGAUGUUGACGAUGAAUACUUGGACUGUGGGAAGGCUGUCAACUUCACAUACUAUGACAACCUUGUGGGGGUGGCCAGGCGCCAUAGACAUCCAAAUGUUCCUGAGCCACAGGUGGCUCUUAUAUUCACAAAAAAGAAGUCCUUUAAAAAUGGUGUGACGGAGCUGGAUAUAAACGCUCUGGAGAAGCGUCUGAAGAAAGCUAAGAGAGAGAAACCAAAGUCGGUACAGCUGUACAACCAAAUCGGCAACUUUUGGAGAAUCAAGGGAGACACUAGACAGAGCAUCGAGUGCUUCCGGCGAGCGUUGGCUGUGUCUCCUUAUAAUGCAGAAGUGCUCCUGAACCUGGCGCGCGUGCUAUUCACCCUUCAGUACCUCGACGACGCUAUCUACCUGACGCGCCGCUCGCUCGAAGUCCAGCCGCCGGACCGCAGCGCGUGGCAGCAGUACUUCACGCUCGGGGAGAUAUUCAAAGCUUAUGGACAUUAUCAGGAAGCAGCGGUACACCUCAAGCACGCGUUAGAUUUGAGACCGGACUUCGAACCGGCGCUGACGGCGCUUAAAGACAUUGAAAACAUACCGGAGGCAAACGUGCAUGUGUACACGCUCCUUAUUAUUGUGUGUUUGGUGAUGGGCGUCCUCCUUGUAAUCCUGUCGUCCGUGGACAACAACGGCGAAGCGGAGGAACACAAAACUCAGCGACACUUCAACCGCGCCAUGGCGAUGCGCUCCCUGCGAGGCGUGGCCUUACCCGGCUCGCGCGGCCGCAAGAAAGGCGGAUCCUAAGCGGGAUAGCGGAGACCCGGUCUAAUGUCGAUGGUUUUCU